GUCUGCCAGACCCGAUCAGCAAAAACAAUUUCCAAGUUAGCCUACCAUAACGGGGUGGUGAUAGUGAAGUGUCCCGGCUGCGGGAAUCACCACGUCAUCGCGGAUAACCUGGGAUGGUUUUCGGAUCUGGAAGGAAAGAGGAAUAUCGAGGAAAUCCUGGCAGCUAAAGGGGAGAAGGUGAGACGUGUGGCUGGUGAGGGAGCCUUGGAACUGCUUCUGGAAAGCUCGGCAGAUACCGGGUCUCAAGGUCAGCCCACGGAGGGAGAAAGCGGGGAAGCCCCCCCGGAGACGGGCGGCAAGGGACAGACCUGA